GUUGGCCUCAGCUUAGCAGGAAGGGUUUAGAAAGCGUAGAAACGUAUUGGUUUUGAGCCAGCGUGUGGUCCAGUCAAAGCUCGGGGGCCGGGAUCGGCAAUAAUGGUCCCGGAGCUGCAUAAUUGAAGGAUUCGGCGGCCUAGAAGGACUCAGCAAUGAUCAACAUUCAGUUAGCGCAGUUCCUUAAAGCCUUCUUGACAGGACGUAAGAAGACUGAGCAAGAAUGUAUCGAAAGCCCAUCGCCGGCACGGUUGGCCGUCUUUGACAGGAAAGCAGCAAAGGGAUACUACAGCUUCGCCUGGCAUACCUCAUCAGGCGAAAAAUGUGUCUCUGGGACUGGAGCGAUCGUGCCGCGGCGGAUACCAAAGUUUGUGAAGCGCCAUCACGUCGGCGUCAGUCUUUCUUGCCUGAGCAAAAUUUCGAUUUCGAACUCUGCCAGCGGUUCCGAGUGGAAGGUGGUGGUAUCCACAGACAUCCGAAAGCUCAGUCGCAUCUGCCCGCGCCUCCGUGAGAUCUCCCUGGACGGCUUUAGCUUUGGUGCCGCACAUCGGAAGCGACGCAUCAAGCUCCGCGACUUCCCCAAGCACAUGAUCUCCCUCUCUUUGCGCAGCUGCGUUCUCGAUAUGAAGACGUUCUUCGCGGCGGGACCCAUCGAAAACGGCGAGCUGACUGCGCUUGAUCUAGGUCGGUGCUUCUUCCUCAACGAGGAGAAGUCUAGCAGCAAGAGGCGAGUGGCUUGGCCAUUGUUCCCUUUGCUCGAGAGACUGUGCUUGGAAGGCUGCCCGUUCCUCUUUUCCGAAGCUCUUCUAAGCGAUGUCCUGCUUGGAUGUCCAUCGCUGCAAGUGCUUGACUUGGAAGGCACGUCUCUGCAGAGUACAAUCGACGUCGCGCUCAUUGGGCGAUGCCUACCGAAGCUCAGAGAACUUUUCAUUGGAUGGACUGACGUGAACGACUCCUCAUUUCUCGCACUGGAGCGAGGAUAUUUCGAGGAGCUGAUUACUUUGUGUCUCGUGGGAACUCAAGUCACGAACUUGGGUGUGCUGGCGGUCUGCGGUGUUUGUCCGCGGCUGCGCACAAUCCGAGUGAAUAUAGGGCGCUGGGCUGUCAAGAAGCUUGAGAAAAUGGAUGUCUGUCGCUUCGUCAGCAUUGAGAUAGCAUGCUUCAGGAGUGACAAUGUGCACGCGUUCCUGCGUCACGAAGGGUGCGAACACUUUCGCGAGCACGUGUAGACGGUCGUGCCUGUACCACGGGACGCAUGCACUUACUUGACAAACGCAGGAAUAUACAAACUGCAUGCACAUAUUCCAUUGGCGUGCUAACUGCGUCAAAAAAGCAUGGAUAACUUGCGUCUUUUUUGUUGUUGUUGUUGUUGUUAACGCAUGCUUACUUCAAAUAUAGUGCAACUACGUUCAACAGACACGCGUGUUGUAGACUUGACACAGAAUUUGAGCUGUCUGUGCUUAUUUUACGCAGUGACAGUUAUCUAAAUGCCAGUAAAUUAUUACUCUCCUUAGCUCAUACGCGCUACACUAAUGUGCAGGAAUUCUGAAUUUAUAUAUUCUCCAACAGGAUAAUUUGGGCUUCGAGAGGGGGGGGGGGGGCACAAUGCUUUGCCAUGUUAUUUCAACGAGUAUUUUACGUUAGAACAAGUGAGUGACGCGAACGGGUUUUCACUUUCGUUGUUGCUGAACUCAGUUCAUUCAAACGAAGAAAAAAAAAUGUGACCAGGUUUAUGAUAUACGGUGCUAACAGCGACGGCAGAAUAAACUGAAUGUGCUUUUGA